GGUGGCCAUUAAAAAAAAAAAAAAACUUUGAUGGUGUAUAAAUAUAGCAAAAUCUCCAACACUCCCUCCAAAGCAAGAAUUUACACGCCCAAAUAAGCACCGCUCAUAAUCCGCUUAUAAUUAGAAUCAUAGAAAAUCCUUCUUCUUUAUCAUUCCUUCUCUUUUCAUUCUCCAUCUUCUCUCUUUCUCUUUCUCAUUCUCAUUCUUUCUGUCUUUUCUUCCUUAUUCCUCCUCUGUUUUUCUCGUUCCCUACGCCUAAUGUAAAGAAGGCUUUUUUGUUACACAAAAGAUCCUUCUAACAUUUUUCAGGUGCGGGAACGAGAUAUCUCUUGUUGAAAUCUAUGGGAAAGUAAACACAACAUAACAAAAAUCAUCUAUCUCUGUUUAAGUGAUUGUUUCAGAUUUUGAAAAGAGAGGGAAAAAGGAAGAGAAGAAAACCACAAAAAUGGAAUCCAAAUUUGAUAACAAAAAAGAUUUUUCAAGCGACGAUGAAUUAUCACCAAGAACAAUACUAGCAUCCCUUGUUUCUGAAACAGAGUCAGACAACAGUGGAAGUAGCAGUUUCAUUUCUGACUCCUCAUCAGGAAACUCACCGCCGCCGGAGCUUGUGGCGGCGGUAGUAAAAUCAGGUGGAAAAGAUAAUCAGAUGCAACAGCAAUUGAAAUCAAUGAUGGGUGUUUUCAAAUUCAAAGGAGUGAAAAAAUUAACAGCAAUUCCAAUUCUUGUUGCUGCUAGCCAUGAACUUACUAAGACAGCAGGAUUGACUAAGAAAUUGGCUCGAAUUCGAAGUGCUGAAGAAUGUAUUGAUAUUGGUUCUAUUCCUACCAAACCUUCUUGGAGGAAUUUUGAUUAUGCAGAACUUGCUGCUGCUACAAAUGAUUUCAAUCCUGAUAAUUUGGUUGGAAAAGGUGGUCAUGCUGAAGUAUACAAAGGAAAGUUAUCAAAUGGUCAAGUUGUAGCAGUCAAGAGACUAAUGAAUGACGACAAAGAGUUUGCCGAUAGAGCUGGCGAUUUCUUGACAGAGCUAGGAAUCAUUGCACACAUAAACCAUCCAAACGCUACACGUCUUGUUGGAUUCGGUAUCGAUAAAGGGCUCUUCUUCGUCCUACAAUUAGCUCAACACGGAAGCCUUUCUUCUUUGCUAUUCGGUUCUGAAUGCUUAGAGUGGAAGAUAAGGUACAAGGUAGCUAUUGAAGUUGCAGAAGGAUUGCAUUAUCUUCAUGAAGAUUGCCCGAGACGAAUCAUUCAUAGGGACAUCAAAGCCUCAAACAUAUUACUCAAUGAGAAUUAUGAAGCUGAGAUAUCAGAUUUCGGACUCGCAAAAUGGCUUCCAAAUAAUUGGGCACAGCAUGUUGUUUUCCCUAUAGAAGGCACAUUUGGGUAUUUGGCUCCAGAGUACUUUAUGCAUGGUAUUGUGGAUGAAAAGACUGACAUAUUUGCGUUCGGCGUUUUGCUACUUGAACUCAUAACCGGUCGCCGUGCAGUUGAUUCAGAUAGUAGGCAAAGCAUUGUCAUUUGGGCCAAGCCACUUCUUGACUCAAACAAUGUCAAAGAGCUAGUAGAUCCAAGAUUACAAGGGAAAUAUGAUCCUAUUGAAAUGAAACGUGCCAUGGAGAUAGCUUCCUUGUGCGUCCACCAUUCAUCUUCCAAGAGGCCAUUCAUGAAACAAGUUGUACAACUACUAAAGGGCGAGGAAGCAACUAUAGAUUCCAAGCGAAUUUCAGCUACCUCAAAAUCACAUAUGUUAGAGGCUUGUGACCUAGAAGAUUACACUUGUUCUAACUACUUGAAGGACCUCAACCGCCAUAGGGAACUACUCAUGGAGUAAAUCUCUAUUAGUCCUAUGUGUUGUGUACUGCAUUUUAAGAUAUCUUGUUCCUCCUCCCUUUGUAUAUGUGUUGUGAAGGCUAUGGAAUGAGUGUUGUAGCGGUUUAUGUGUGGCUGAAUCUGAAGUCACAGGCUUGUGUUUUUGUUCAAGCUUAGUAGGCUUGUAAAUUAGCAUGAACCUGUAGGGAAAACAUCAACAAUGUUAUGUAGAAAUGAUGCUAGCAGAGUGUUUUUUUACUUCUUUUUGACUCUGCAUUGCCAUUGUUUCCAUCCCAACAUCCCAACUUAAUCAGUCUUAAUCAAUUGCAUGCAUCUUGUUUCCAUUGCUUUAGUGAUUAUAAAUUAUGGUAUUGUUGUAUGGGACAACUUUGGUCAAUGAAGUUACUAUUUUUGUUUUCUUUA